UCCUUCCCCCGGUACUCACCACCCCCCUUUGUCCCCUCUUACCGGAAGAUUCGACAUGGUCUUGCACUGUUAGUGCGAUCACUGAUUAUUUCGUCCUACUCCAGCCAUCCAUUUGCCGGGGAUUAUACUUGAGAGACACGGAAAAUCGAGAAUGUGGGCAAAACCUGCGGACAAGCCGCGGUCAUCGAUGGGGAAGAGAAAGCUGCUGCGCUUUGUCGUCAUCAGCUGUAUCGUCACUAGCUUCACAAUUUUCCUUUGGCCCCGUCUAGAAUCCCAGCGCGUGACCACGGAAACUGUUUCCAACAUUACCAUCACCUCCGAUGUUGGCUGCCAGCCGGACUUUGAGGCUCUCCGCCGCUUAAAUGUCCAGAAACUGACCCAGUACGUGCGACGCGAAGUAGUCGCCUCUGAAUCUCCCAGCAACGUUUUGCCGCUGUCACAACGUCUCCAAGUUCCUCUAUUUCCGCAAAAGCCCCAUGGCGACCAACUUCAUCUACCGGAGGAGCUGAUGCAUGAGGACUGCUUAAUACCAAACCCGGUGUCGCUUCAAGUCCCGACACCCCCUAGACAUGCGGAUGCGUCCCACAUCGACUUUGGUGUCGCUACGACGAUAGAACGGCUGAACGACUCCUUGGACGCGUUUUCUCAUUGGGCGGGUUAUACAAAUGCUCACAUCUUUGCCUUGGUUGAGCCCGAUGAGAGGGCACACGAGGUGUUGCUAAAGGCCGAUGCGCUUGGAAUAAAUCUCUCAAUAUCGGAAUCGAGUGAAGAGUACCAGCGCCGAUACUUUUCGCUGGUCCCUCACCUGGCCAAGAAUGCGCGUCCCGAAACGAAAUGGUCGUGUGUCAUGGACGACGAUACCUUCUUCCUCUCGAUGCCGGAGUUGGUCAGAGGACUCAAGGAGUAUGAUGAGACGAAGCCCAUGUACGUGGGUGGACUGUCUGAAAGCAUUCCGCAGGUUGGAGUGUUUGGAUUGAUGGGAUUUGGAGGCGCUGGCGUCUUCUUGUCCCGGCCUCUGAUCCAAGAAUUGAGCCGGCCGGAGGUAUUCGAGGACUGCCAGAGAAUGGAUGUGACGGGCGACCGCAGAAUUUCUCUUUGCAUCUACCAGUACACCAGUGUUCGUUUGACCAUCGACCACCGCCUGCACCAGCUUGACAUGAUGGGCGAUGUGUCCGGGUUUUUCGAGGCGGAACGGCAACCGCCACUGUCAGUGCAUCACUGGAAGUCUUGGUUCCACGCGGACAUGGCCAAAGCCAGCGCGGUUACCGAAAUCUGUGGUGAUUCUUGUCUCCUGCGGAAAUGGCACUUUGGAGAUGGCUGGAUUCUCACCAACGGCUUCUCGGUGGUGAAGUACAGCAGCGAGAAGAAGCCAGGCGACAGAAGCAUGGAGCUCACGUGGGACAGCCACAACGGUGCUGUAUUCGAGUCAUACUUGCAUGAGCUUGGUCCUCUCCGCCUAAAGGACGAGGGAAAGAUUAGUUACCUGCACGAAGACGCUAUCAUUGACGGAAACCGCGUCCGUCAAUGGUACGUUCACCGUGACCCGGAGAAAGGUGAUCAAGUUCUAGAGUUGAUCUGGCGAGCAGCCUAAGAACGCCCGCCUGUCUGCAUUUAGAUUUGGCGCAUCGAUUAUUCCUGCAAUUCCUCCCAUUCCCCUUCCGACCCCGCCUUCAUCCAUCUUCAAAACCACCUGUGCUGCGUCGACAAGCUACAGGUUCUAUCUCAUGUCCCGCCCCCUGAUUUCUUCACUUAUAUAUGAAGAGGGGCGUUCCCCUCAAACCCCCUCUUCUACGCUAGCCACGUUUAUAAUUUUGCUUCUUUUUUACGGCGCAUAGAUCAUGAAACUUGACUUGAUUGUUUAGCUUGGGAUGAUAUCAGAUUCGUGCGCGAUACAGGUACAUAGUCUCGGGUUUCUUACAUUUUUUUUUUCCUUCACACUUUCAUACCAAUUGUACAU